AUGGCGAGUUCGAAUAUGGUGGUUGGUGGUGUCAUUGAUACAAGUACCGUUGCUGAAGAAAAGUUUGAUUGUGCAGAGAAACAUGAUGCAAAUAUGGAAGAUGUUGAAGUAGAGAAAAAAUCAGAUGAUGAUAUUCAAGAAAAUGAUUCACUUUCUGAUACAGAUUCUGAGACUGGGAAACUAGUCAUUGAUGAAAAAUGUAUCGAAUAUGAAAAUGAAAAUGAAAGAGAGAACGAAAUACAAAAGAUAUUUCAAGUAUCUCGUAAUCGAUCAACUAUUGAUAGUACAAAUAUUUUUGAAAGUUUAUCAGUAUCACCAGUUGACACAUUUGCAAUUCGUAGUACAGAUUGUAGAUUAUCACCGAAUGAAGUAAUUAAUGCUAGUAAAAGCAUAACAUCAUCACCAUCAAGUAUGUUAAUUGUCUCCAAUAGUUCAGAUGACAGUUUUAGGGUGUGGAUGUGGGAGGGUGUGAGUGUGGGUGUGAGUGUGGGUGUGGGUGUGGGUGGUAUGGUUGUCGGUGUAUAAUUCUAUUCACUUAAACCCACACCCACACCCACACCCACACCCUUCUAUAGUUGUUGCACCCCUAAAUACUCAAUUAAUUUCAAUAUAUUUGGCCGAAGAAUGGAAAUAGUUAUGAAUCCAUCAGGUCAAUCGUUACGAGGGCAUAUUUAAGAACAACUAAACAAUACUGACUUGAAAUAGUCAAUGCGAUCAGACACAAUCAAUUUAAUUAGUCCAAAUUGUUAUUAUAAAAAGAUGAGAAAAGCAAAGAUUAGUUAGUUUUCUAAGCUUGACUCAUAGAGAUUUAGUAAAGACUUCUACAUUGAAAUAAGUUAUCUCUUCUUCAGUCAAAAUUUCUCAUUAUGCCAGAUAUGGAUAACAUUCAUGGAACGAAAUCUACAAGUCGAUAUCUAUUUCUCUGUUUGAAAUGUUUAAAAGUUAAUCAAAUAGUUUGAAGUCUGAUAUCAAUAUUAAAGUAAACGUUAGACUAGCUUUAAAGAUAAUUACAUCAUUUAUUGAGAAAUUUUUUUAAUCUCAAAGUAAAUAAACAAUUUUCUUUUAACUUUCGUUCUUUUUUGUUUUAAUAUACAUUCAGCGAUGACCAAGGAAAAUUGUAUAAAGAAUUAAUAUAUGAACAAUAAAAUUUCGAUAAUCAUAUUCCAUUGAAAUUAUUAAAUUUAUUCAAAACAAAGUUCAUCUUCGAAUGAUAAACAAAAUGUCAAAAUUGGUUAAUUGAUAUUUAUAUAUCAUAAGGAAUGUCUUCACGUGAUUUAUCAACAAUCAAUGAUUUAAAUGAAAAAUCCUAUGAUUGUGUAUGGCAAUUCGUCUGAAAACAAAUUGAAGAAAAGUCUUCAUCAGAACAACAAAAACAUGAGGGUAAAUUAGGGUGUGGUCGGUAUAGGCAUGGCAUGGUGUCGGUUAUAGUAUUGUUUCCAUCUACACCCACACCUCCAUCGAUAUAUCUUGCCGAUUUCAAUAAUUUUAGUUUCUAUUGAGACUUU